ACGAUGAUACCCGUUCUUGCUGAGUCAUUGACCUUGAUGUUCAGUUUUAUUGACUUUAGUACUGGAAUGUCUGACGGACGCGCGUCUAUUCAGUAUGGCUCGAUUUUUACUCCUAGUGUUAACAACAAUAGUGGUAUUUUUGGUUUACUUUUUAUAUCUAAAAGCCCCCCCACCAUUGCCCAAAUUAGACGUAAAUGAAUGGUGGGGGCCAGAGGAGUUGAAAACGAGACAGGAUGUCAGCAUAAGACCGUUCAAAAUAGAAUUUUCUAAUUCGAUGAUAGAAGACUUAAGAAUGCGUCUGAAAAGACACAGACCAUCUCCUCCACCAUUGGAAGGGGUCGGCUUCGAAUAUGGAUUCAACAGCAAACAAACUGACAAAUGGCUCAAAUACUGGGGGGAACAGUAUCCAUUCAAAGAAAGGGAAAAAUUCCUUAACCAGUUUCCGCAGUUCAAGACUAACAUACAAGGACUCGAUAUACACUUCAUUAGAGUGAAACCUGAGGUUCCCAAAGGUAUAGAAAUAGUCCCGAUGCUAUUACUGCACGGCUGGCCGGGCUCAGUACGGGAGUUCUACGAGGCAAUACCGCGGCUUACCUCCUUCAGCAAAGAUCGAGACUUUGCUAUAGAGGUUAUAGCUCCUAGCUUAGUCGGCUUUGGAUAUUCUGACGCAGCCGUCAGGUCCGGGCUGGGCACUGCGCAGAUGGCUGUGGUGAUGAGAAACCUGAUGAAGAGACUCGGCUUUGAUAAGUUCUACAUUCAGGGUGGGGACUGGGGAUCUGUGGUCGGAGGUCAUCUCGCUACUCUAUUUCCUGAGGAUGUCCUCGGGUACCACACCAACCUACCAUUCUCUACAGCGCCCUCUAGUUUAAUAAUACCUAUACUGGCAUCUGUCUACCCUUCAUUGGUCUUCAAUCAGCAGGAGAUUGACAGGAUCUACCCAUUAACUAACUAUUACUCUAUGUUAAUGGAAGAAAUGGGGUAUCUACACUUACAUGCAACCAAACCUGAUACGAUAGGUAUAGCCCUAACAGAUUCCCCGUCAGGUCUUUUAAUCUACAUCCUACAGAUGUUCUCAACAUGGACAUGUAGAAAAGACGUCUCUUUGCCCGACGGUGGCCUCGACUUGCAUUUCAGCAAAGAACAGAUCAUUGAUAAUAUAAUGUUCUAUUGGGCACCUAAUUCUAUUAGCACAGCGAUUAGAUUAUACGCUGAAUCGUUCAGUAAGAAGCAUUUGGAUACUAAAUUGGAUGAAAUACCUAGCUAUGUACCAACUUGGGUGUUACAAUCAAAGCACGAACCAUUGUACCAAGCACCAUUAGUCACAAGACUCAAGUUCCCUAACAUAUUAAACGUCACAGUAUUGAAUGAUGGCGGCCAUUUUGUAGCGUUAGAACUGCCGAAAGAAUUCUCUGAUGACGUCAUCCAAGCUAUUGAUAAAUUCAGAAAAAGGAAUAAUACGCAGAAGACUGAACUAUAA